AUGAUAAUGCGGCCGCCGGGGCACAGCGGCAAGGCGAAGAAAGGGCACAUCUGCUUCGACGCCUCGUUCGAAACUGGAAACCUGGGCCGAGUGGACCUUAUCUCGGAGUUCGAGUACGAUCUAUUCAUACGUCCGGACACCUGCAAUCCCCGUCUACGUUUGUGGUUCAAUUUCACCGUGGACAACGUGAAGGCGGAUCAGCGGGUCGUCUUCAACAUCGUGAACGUGUCGAAAAGCGCGAAUCUCUUUCGAAACGGUAUGACGCCGUUGGUGAAGAGCACCACCAGGUCCAAGUGGCAGAGGAUACCCAGAGAUCAAGUCUUUUACUACAAAUCCGCCCAACACCAGAACCACUACGUUUUAAGCUUCGCCUUCUCGUUCGACCGCGAGGAGGACAUCUAUCAAUUCGCCCUGACGUAUCCGUACUCGUACAGCCGUUACCUGGCGCACCUGGACAACCUAUGCACGCGGCUGACGUGCACGAGAAGAGAAACCCUGACCAGCUCUAUCCAGAACCGAAAGAUCGAGCUGAUCACGAUCACCUCGAACCUGGAAGACGUUCGGGAACGAGCGAGAAAAGUGGUGGUGGUACUGGCAAGGGUACAUCCGGGCGAAUCACCCACAUCUUUCGUCUGCCAGGGUCUAAUGGACUUUCUGGUCAGCUGUCAUCCUAUCGCCCAAGUGCUCAGGAGCUACGUGAUCUUUAAAAUCGUGCCGAUGAUGAAUCCCGACGGGGUUUAUCUGGGUAAUUACAGAUCCACAGCCCUCGGAGCGGACCUAAAUCGAUCGUGGAACAAGAUCUCCGAUUGGCUUCAUCCUGCUCUGCUGGCCAUCAAGCCGAUGCUGAAGAAUCUCGACAAAAACUCCCGUACUCCUUUAGACUGUGUUCUCGAUCUCCACGCACAUACAAAUGCCACCGGAAUAUUCAUCUAUGGGAACACGUACGACGAUGUGUACAGGUACGAGAGGCACAUCGUUCUGCCGAAGUUGCUGGCGCAACACGCCGAAGACUACGAGAUCGGGAACACGAUGUACAACCAGGACUCCCACAAGUCCGGGACCGCGCGACGUUAUCUUUGCUCGCUCCUGAAGGAGCACGUGAACUGUUACAGCAUUGAAGUGUCGAUGCACGGUUACAAUAGAAAAUCGUCGCCCGGAAUAUUCCCGUACACGGAGGAGGGCUAUUACAGAGUAGGCCGCAAUCUGGCCCGUGUAUUCUUAGAAUAUUACAAACUGAUGGGCCUGAUCCCGGCUGGUCUUCCCGAGCAACCUUCCGCGAAGAAAUCACGACAAUCCAGACCGAGAAAUCGGGCACCAAAAGAGCCCAGACCAAGGACCUCCAGAACACCGGCUCCUGUCCAUCUCGCCAGUAUUCACGAGUAA